AUGCUCAAACACUUUGGUUUUCAGUCACUGAUUAUGAUUUGGCUGUUUUUGAGUGCAAUUCAAUCAGCCAACACGCUGAGAAUCCAAAAAGGUGAAAAAAGAGAGAUGAAUUAUUCUACAAACGCUACAACCAUCGGAACAAAUUUCAAGGGUUGUACCAAUUUUUCUGCAUUUUUUACUGAUCCCCAAGUAUUUCUAGAACAAGUGGUUAGAAACGCUCCAAUGGGACCAAUGAAAUGCAAAAAUAUUGAAAUGUGGAAGAGAUUCAAAGUACCCGAUCCAUAUCAAGGAGCCAUGUUUUUUGCUUAUGAACAAUAUACAUUUGGCGUGACAGAAUCGUUUGAUCUUUGUGAAAGCAUUCAAAUUUGGGAAGAAAAAUUACAAACUACUUGUAUUGAACUUUUAUUCAAUUCUUUAGAAAAUGAUUUAUCCUCGAAAAUUCAAUUUAUUACUCAAAACCAAACAACUGUUUAUGAUUGGAUUAAUUAUUGUAAUUAUUGUAGAAAGGACAUUCAAUUUUCAAAACAAAAUUAUUGGAAUAUUCGAGAUGACAAUGUGAGAGAAAUAAUUGAAUACUUCCCUAACCAAAUAAGUUUUUGCGGAUUUGGAGAAGCUGGUAUUCCAUUUGUUGUAGGAAUGAAUCAAAUCAAAUUACAAGAAACUGGUUAUUCAUUUAUUUGUUUUUGCCCCUACCAAAACUAUUAUGGUUUUAAAUGUUUUGGUAAUUCCAGAAAUUUGACAUAUGCUAUAAUUCUUGAGUCUCUAUUUACAAGUAUAUUUGCAAUAUCGUUUCUUAUAACCUGUUUAACAAUACUCUUACCAAGAGCGAAGACAUCAUUCAUUCAAAAACAAUAUUACAAUAUUUUAGUACCAAUGCUACUGUGCCUCUCGCAGAUUUGUGGAGUUUUGACUCAGAUUGCCUCACUUUUUGGGACAGAUCUUGCUGUGUCAAUUUGUAGUAAUUUAACUGUAAUAUUCUUGGGUAUCGCCUUAGUGUCUUGGGAAAUGCACUGGAUUAGAUUGAUUUAUUUUGUAAUGCAGAAAAAGAGACUUUUUUCAUUCAUUUCCUAUCUGGUUCCUCUAAUUUUAUUUAUUUCAACAAUUUUGGCAAUGUUGACCUGUAUUUUCUCUGUUGGGUCGGUUGGAGUAGAGUAUUCUUUGCGUAUGGCAGAUAAUCUAUCCUAUCUAUUAUUGACUUUGGGAUGUUUGAUUACCGUAGUAUUUACUGUUUGCUCGAUAGUUAUUUAUGUUCUUCUGAAAAAAGUGUCAGAAGUGAGCUUGAUUAAUUCACCUGUAAGUUUUCACUUGUUAUAA